AGUGCUGGAGGAUGAGGUGUGAUGGGUCUGCUGCUGAAGUCAUGUUUCCCGGUGUCCUGUACGCGUUGCUCGCGGGGUUUCUCGGCGCCGUCGCGUCCUCGUCCGCCAAACUGUCUCUCGGAACCGACUAUCUGAAGGGUGUGUGUGAGACGGGCCUGCGAACCUGGGGCGAGCAGAGGAAAUUCACGCAGCACAACGACACGAGCGCGUGUGACUGGCUGCACAUUCCUCUCAGACUGCUGUGUGGAGGUCUGCUGUUCACCUGUAAUGCUGUGAUGUGGACCUUCCUGGCCAAAGCCCUGAGGAGCUCGUGCUCGUCCGCGCGCACCACUGUGACCACCACCGCCUCCAACUUCAUCUCUUCUGCGUUUCUGGGGCGGCUGAUCUUCGGGGAGACACACGUGGCGCUGUGGUGGACGGGGAUCUCUCUGACUCUCUCGGGCCUUCUGGUGCUUCAUCACACAUCGCCCAACCUCACGCAGGCGCACGCCGGCAAGAGAGAAUGACACGCUGACCACGGC